UUUCAACUACGAACCACCCGUCUCUCUUCCUCAACGAAGAUGGCACAGCACCGCGAGCUCUAUGAUGUCCUCGGCGUCGAGCCUGACACUCCCACGCCCAAGAUCCGCAAGGCGUACAUGAAGCUGGCAAAGAAGUACCACCCCGAUCGCAACCCAGGAGACGAAGAGGCUGCUGAGAAGAUGAAGGAGAUCUCGGCGGCGUGGGACGUGCUGCAGGACGAUGAGAAGCGGGCGCAGUAUGACCGGUUCGGGCUGGAGGGUCUGCAGGGUGCAGGCGGGCCGGGUGCUGGCGGAUUUGCAGACAUCUUUGAUCUGUUUGGCGGUGGGCGUUCGCGCGGGCCGCCGACCAAGACGCCCGACAUGAAGCACGGGCUCGGGGUGGAGCUUGCGGAUCUGUACAAGGGCCGCAAGCGCAAGCUUCGGAUCACGCGGUCGGUGCUCUGCACGCCGUGCGGCGGCAAGGGCGGCGUCGACGGCAAGGAAGCGAAGAGCUGCCGCUCGUGCAACGGGCAGGGUGUCAAGGUGAUGAUGCGGCAGAUCGGCCCGGGCAUGGUGCAGCAGAUGCACGUGCCGUGCGAUGCGUGCUCUGGCGAGGGCGAGCUGCUCGAUGCGGCCGACCGGUGCCCCGAGUGCUCUGGCCGCAAGCUGAUGGAGAAGUCGGAGGACAUCGAGAUCAACGUGCGCCCGGGCAUGCGCCACGGCGAGUCGAUUGUGCUCCGCGGCAAGGCCAACGAGGCGCCGGGCCUCGAGACCGGCGACAUUGUCUUUGUGGUCCAGGAGAUGGAGGACGAGCGAUUUGAGCGCCGUGGCGACGACCUGUUCAUGAAGAUGAAGCUCUCGCUCAUUGAGGCACUCACCGGCUUUGAGUUCAACAUCACCACUCUCGACGACCGCGAGCUGCUGGUCAAGGCCCUGCCCGGCCAGAUCAUUGCACCCAACCAGAUCAUCGGCGUGCCCGACGAGGGCAUGCCGCGCAACAAGAACCCGGCGCUCCGCGGCAAUCUCUUCAUCGAGUUCUCGGUCACCUUCCCCGACGUCCUCCCCGUCGAGGUUGUCGACCAGCUCCGCCAGAUCCUACCCGAGGCGACCCGUCCCAAGGCCGCGAACCCGAACGCCGAGGAGGUCCACCUCACCGUCAAGCACGUCGAGGGCCAGAGCCGCCAGGCUUACGACGAGGACGAGCACGGACACGGUGGUGGUGGCGGCGGCGGCGUCCAGUGUGCCCAGCAGUAAAAUGAACCGAACAGACA